AUGGAUUCACGUGAGUCACGGUUCUUGGAUCCAUCGUCUGCGAUGGCAGCGAUCACUAGACACAAAGCCGAAGCCAUCAAACUGGCUCGAGAGCAAGGAACUGCCGUGAAGGAGAUGUGUCGACGUGCAAAAACGGAAAUCCCGCCAUAUGAAUUCGAAGAACUGAUUGGUAAGGGUGCCUAUGGCCGCGUCUACAAAGGCCGAGAGAUGCCAUCUGGUCGGCUGGUCGCUAUCAAGGUCUUGGAUAUUGAUUCAGUGGACUAUAAUUCUUCGCCUGAUUACAGAGACGAGUCCAUCAAGGAUUUUAUCCACGAAACCAAGGUCAUGAAGCAGGUCAAAGAAUCCGGUGCCAAGAACAUUAAUGAGCUCAUUGAAGCAAUCUCUAUACACUCCCAACUUUGGUUGGUCUGUGAAUAUUGCCCUGGUGGAAGUGUGCGGACAUUGAUGCGCGCAACAGGUGAUAAAUUAGAAGAGCGAUUUAUUAUCCCAAUUGCCCGAGAGCUUGUAGUUGGGUUGCAUGCCAUUCACGAAGCCGGCAUCAUUCAUCGUGAUAUCAAAGCGGCGAACAUUCUGAUUCAUGAGGAAGGACGGCUGGAGAUUUGUGACUUCGGUGUGGCCGGAGUCCUGCAGUCACAGCGAGAUAAACGUUCAACUUGGAUUGGCACUCCUCAUUGGAUGCCGCCUGAGAUGUUCGCAACCCGCGGCCCAGCUCCUCAAUAUGGCAGUGAAAUUGAUGUCUGGGCAUUCGGCUGCACCUUGUUUGAAUUUGCCACCGGAAACCCACCAAAUGCAGGCCUCCGAGAACGUAUGCAGAUCGGACGCCAACUCAGUCGCAAGCCUCCCAAGCUUGAGAGCGAGGAGUACAGCGAUGGGCUGAAAGACCUUAUUGCGUAUGCCCUGGACUCCAACCCAUCUACCCGACCUUCUAUGGCAGAUAUUCUAGCCCAUCCCUACAUUGCUGGCACUGAAGAGGAAUACCCCACAUCUUCGGUAGGUGAGCUUGUCAGGAAUUACUACCAAUGGUCUCAACGAGGAGGACAGCGUAUCUCCUUGUUUCAUCCGGGAGGUGCUGCAGCUGCAGAGCUUCCAGGCACAGAGGAGUCGGAGGAUGAUUGGAACUUCAGUACAACGGAUGGCUUUGAGCGCAGAUUCUCUGUCAUCGACCUGGAUCAGUUAGCUGCUUCCUUGGCCGAAAUGGAAGAGGCAAUCAGCCCCACCACGCCUACUCCAGAGUAUGACUUUAACGACGACCCAUCGGAGGGUGAAUUGAACCCAGAAGACAAGGCCAACUUUGAUGAGCGUGUCCGCCGAGGUGCUGUUGCGAUGGAAGGACUUUUCGACGAGGAAAAACCAAUAUACAAAUACGAAGCUAAAAAGGAUUUCGUGCCCAUUGAGCCCCCUCAGCCGACAUCUGACCUGCCUCUUCGAAGCGAAACUGACCGGUCCUCGGUGACGUCCACAUUCAUCGAUAUCGAUAUCGGCUCGUUUGAUUCUUCUCACUAUGCAGCUGGUGCACCAUCUGCACAGCCUUUCCAAUUAGCUGAUGCGGGUACAAUUCGUGCAAACCGAUCAAGUCUUCGGGGUAGCCAAAACUCCACCGAUGGUAGCUCGCAGUCAUAUGUCAGUGGUGAAGAGAGUACAGAACCACAAGUCGAAGAGUUUCAGCCUCAGUCAGGCCCGCGACCCCCCACUAUGGACUGGAAGUUCCCGGUGUUUGUGAACAAAGACGAUGAAGAUGAGGAUUCAAAAGAAGAGGAACUGGACCGGGAAUCACCAUCGGAGAGCGUGAAAGAAGAAAUGUUCCAGGAUGAAAAGCGGGCCACCAUGGAAUGGACGUUCCCUGUCAUGUCAGACGAGGGACCAAAUGAGCCCGGUGCGGAUCAAUACGACACUCUAAGAGCACCGCUCCCCCCUCUACAACAACACCCAACCGAAGAACCAGAUGACUCUCGCCCCUCGACAUCCGCCUCUAACGUCUCCAGUGCAUCUGAGUCAGACUAUGAUCCCUUCCGGUUUGACCGUCCCACCACUCCUCAAGAUCCAAAAUCCAAAGUCUCCAGUCGAGCCCAAUCAUUUGACUCGUCCCAUAGUGUGGACUUGUCCCAUAGUGCGGCCUUGCCUCGUUUCUCCGAUGACAACUCUCUAUCUCUUGAUGGACCUGGACCUGACGAGGAAUCUCACCCUCUGUGGGAUGAAAACACUGAAAUCAUUGACCCUAGCAAUAUCCCACCACUUGAUGUUCCCAUACCUCGCGAUGAAUCUGACGAUGUUUCAACACCGGUCUCCGAACCUGGCUCUCCUGUCUACGAGGAUCCACCCACUAUACGGCCAGAUGUUCUCCCUCGUGCCCCCGUUAUCAAAGCACCUGAUGGAGCAAUGAUUCCAUUCCCUGUCCUUAUUCCACCCAGUGCGGAAAGUUUGACGGAAGGUGCCGACGAUGGUGUUGUCACUGCAGAACUUCAACGACUGCUCGAUGACUUUCUCGAUGCUCUGUCUGCCACGGGACAAGCACUUUCUCAAUAUGCGGCAAACCACCCGCCUCGAAAUGCUUAG